UUCCCACUGAUUUCUAUGGUCCCGACCCGUUGUUGCCCGUCGCGGUCACGGAGCUGCCGUUGAGAGUGGGUCUGUCCUGCGCCCCUCCUCCCGCCGGAGAUCCACUUCAACUACCUAUUCGGACUCUCCUUCUUGUCCGCGCGCUGCCUUCAAUCCUCCCUCAUCUCUAAAUUACUCAGCCCUCCAUAUCUCCCUGCGGCUCUUUGUUUGGUUUCCCUAUUCUGCAAAACAUCCGAGGCUGGCGUCUCGGAUCACAAAACUAAUAAGCAAUUCACAACCAUCAAAACCAAGGCCGCUCCCAAUCAGAGGUCGUCGAGUCAGUUCGGACGGAUACUAGGUGCGAAACCCAGUACCGACUCAAGCUUAUGCACCAGAUCGACCACCAUAAGGUCCCUAGACAGCUGAAUUGUCGGCCCGUCCUUGCCAGUCCUCGGGAAUUUUUUUCAACGCAUGUGCAUACGUAGCAUCCACGUCACAUUCGCGAUUCAGGUGGUUAUGGGGGGAAAACGUGGUUGUUCCAUGGCAGCUUCGCCGAUGAUGCCUGAGAGACAGGCUGAGGAAAUUUCUGUUGCUACGGACUAAGUAUCGUGUACUUUUACGAUUUCCGCGGAUAGUAGUUGCAUCUCAAAGGCUAUCUCACCCCUACCUACCAUCGAUCGAGUCAUGACUCCCUGCAUCAUGGCGCCCUACCAGCUUGUCAACCACGUGCUUAGUCGUUUGAGGUAUACCUCAUCUCGGAGCACUGUCUCAAACUCGUCUCUCAUGUUCAGCAUAAUUGUCUCGUCAGUGGGUGCUUUGGUGUAGUGAAGUCGCAGUCUGGCUGCUCGAAACCCUUCCAUGGCUUGUUCAAGUUUUUCUUCUGCUCGAGUCAGCAAUCUUGCUUUGAGGCACCGCGCACAGAGAUUCGGGAUCCUGCCCUGGUCUGGUAGUGUCCUUGGUAGCAGAUGAAGUCCUUCCCUAGUCAGGGGUCUCACUGGAACUGUAUGCCCACACCCGGGAUAGAUGAGAUCGACUCGGCAGAACGGGCAAGUGCCCUGAUUCUCGAACCACCCUUCGAGGCACUGCAAGCAAGCAGCAUGACCACAUGGCAUUAGACUAAAUGUACUUUCGUCAAGCGGCUCUGCAUCUGGUUUGAUCUGACAGUUCGCCUGAUGGCAUAUCUGACAUUUGACUUCUAUUGGUUCGUCAAUUAGGAAUGUAACUUUGGGGAAUGGAAAAAAGGACUCUUUCGGGUCGUAUCGUCGAUGGGGCUGAAACCAUGAUGAGAAUCGCGGCAGAGUCUUCGUCUUCUUCCAUGACCCACAGCCUAAUGUUCCAUUUGCGUUCUGGUGUUGGGGAGCCGGGGAAGUUUUACUGGCUCGGGUUCUCAAGUACCUCUUUUGAGGCUGUUGUUGGCGAUCGGGAUACAUCGGUUAUGGAAUUUUGCAUGCGUCUCGUUGAUUGUGCUGUUGUCUAUUCAGUUGUGCUACUCUUGCUGCUGUGUCAUGCUGUUGGUAAACACUCAGCGAUUAGUUGCUAAUAAGCAAUUCUAGGCAUAAAGACAAACUCUGAUAACGAAGUAAGUACAAAGGUUCCCGGCACUGUUCAGCCCAUUGACGGCUAGGAACAACCAAUAUUCCCUUCACUUUAGGUGUUCAGUAGUGUACGGUUGUAUUCUUCAAUGUUCUAGCCCAUUGUUUAUUGAACAUUGCGUUACGUUCUACUGUACUACCUUGGUGUCUU